AUGGUGCGUGUUGAGCUCCACAAGGAACCCACUGAAGCUAUUUUGUACGCAAUGCAUGAAUUGGGGCUUGCGUUGCGAAAACCGAUCAAGAAAUGUGCUAGAGUUGUUGGAGAGGUUCUAGGAAAAUUUCAUCCUCAUGGUGACACUGCUGUGUAUGAUUCUUUGGUGGAUUUGAUUAUUGAAAACUUGAGCAUUGAGAACCUGGAGUCAGCUUUCAGUUUCUUCAACCUUUUGAGUAAUGAGUAUGGGUUUUGGCAUUCCACGGUUUCAGAGUUUAUUGUUGCUCAUGUGUUAGCGAGGAGAAGGCUGUUUAAAGAGCUGUGUUUGGUUGUAAAGCAAAUGGUAAGGCUCAUAGAUGCAUUGGGGCUAGCUGAGAAAUGGAUGAAGCCUAAUCGCCCUGGUUCGGCACCUUCACUUUGUGAGCUGCUCUUAAAUAGAUUUAGGGACUGGGAUUCGAGUGGUGUGGUGUGGGAUAUGUUGGCGUUUGCUUAUUCAAGAUCUGAGAUGAUUCAUGAUGCUCUGUCUGUUAUUGUUAAGAUGAAAGAUCUGAAUUUGAACAUUUCAACACCAACCUACAACUGUCUGUUGCAUAACUUAAAGCAUACAGAUAUCAUGUGGAUUGUUUAUAAUGAAGUUAAAGAUCGUGGAACUCAUCAGAGUGACCACACUUUUGACAUACUUAUAGAUGGAUUAUGUGAGCAAUCCGGCCUACAAGAUGCAGUUUCGUUCUUCAUGGGUGUGGAAAAUACGGAGAGUUGGCCUUCAGUUGUUUCAUUCAAUACCAUCAUGUCUAGGUUCUGUAAAUUGUGGUUUGUGGAUGUUGCAAAGUCGUUUUUUUGUUUGAUGUUCAAGUGUGGACUACUUCCUGAUUCAUACAGUUAUAAUAUUCUUAUUCAUGGGCAGUGUAUAGCGGCUUCAUUGGAAGAAGCAUUGGAGUUCACUAAAGACAUGGAGAGGCAUGGGGUACAGCCUGACACAGUCACCUACAACAUUCUUUGUAAGGGGUUUCAUCUACUUGGUUUGAUGAAUGGAGCUCACGAGGUCAUUCAGAAAAUGUUGAUUAAAGAGUUAAUAAGUCCGGAUCAUGUGACAUAUACAAUUUUGAUAUGUGGGCACUGCCAUGCUGGAAAUAUUGAGGAAGCCCUUAAGUUGCAGGAAGAGAUGCUUUCAAGGGGUUUUCAGUUGAGUGUCAGUAUAUACAGUGUACUCCUCAGAAGUUUGUGUAAAAGUGGACGAGUAGUAGAAGCAUUGAGAUUGCUAUAUGAGAUGGAAGCUGUUGGCUUGGAACCAGAUCUUAUAACAUAUUCUAUCCUCAUUCAUGGCCUAUGCAAGAAAGGAGAUGUUCAGAGGGCUAGCAAAAUAUAUAGAGAAAUGUACAUGAAGUGA